UAUCCGUAUUUAUGAUCAAAUUAAUGUCAUUUAUUAUUGAAAUUGAUGGGUCAUAGCUCAUGGUGCUGCCACCUGUCCGGGUGUGUGACUCUUUGAUGAACCUCUCAAUGAGCACCACCUGUGGCAGAUGAAUCAGCCGUAAGCGCCACUGACCCCUGCAGCCACCGAGGGGACGGUGUCACCACGAAAGACGCGCACUUGCUCUUCCACUCCUAAGAAAAUUCAUGCCGGAGCUGUCGACGUCCUUGCACAGCUACUCAGUUAAUCAUCUGCCCACGCCAGGAUGCACCGCUCCGCUCUGCAGAUUCAGAGAAAUGUUUCCGCCUGUUUGUCAUUACUGCUUUCUUGACUGCUGGAUGUAGACGCCGAGUCGCCGCCGAAGCCGCCGCUGCUGCUUCCGUUCAAGUUUUGAUCAUCGCCUCAGUCUUUUGACAGUGUCAGCAAGGUGUGAUUUCAGAUUUUUCUCCUUGGAAAGCGCCCGGUGAUAAUUUUUGUGUCCACGACCAACGCAGUAUGCGAGCAGAGGGGCUGGAGGUUGGCGGACACCGGGACUGAGUGCUCGGCGGAGAUCUCAGACACCGUGCGCGUCUUUCUUGGACACAUCUCGGGAGAUAACUGAGUGUUGGGCUCUCACAGUUUUUCUUGGCAUUGCAAUGUCCACGAGAAAGGCAUCGUUGACGGACAAGCAGACUAAAAACGGCACAUCAAAAUAUGUGUUGGAGAGAUGCGCUUCUAUUAACGAGUAUUAUGAUAUUGCUUUCAAGGUGAUGCUGCUGGGAGAUUCGGCCGUGGGGAAGACGUGCGUGUUGGUGCGCUUUAAAGACGGGGCAUUUCUGGGAGGCAACUUUAUAGCCACCGUUGGAAUAGACUUUAGGAAUAAAGUGGUAGAUGUCGACAACUUUAAAGUCAAACUCCAGAUCUGGGAUACAGCCGGCCAAGAGAGAUUCCGCAGUGUAACGCACGCCUACUACAGAGAUGCCCAGGCUUUACUUUUGCUUUAUGAUAUCACCAGCAAGCCAUCGUUUGACAAUAUCAGGGCUUGGCUGACUGAAAUACACGAGUAUGCCCAGAAGGAUGUGGUCAUCAUGUUGCUCGGCAACAAGUCAGACAUGGCUGCAGAGAGGGUUGUGAAGACGGAGGAAGGAGAGAAGCUGGCGAAGGAAUAUGGAGUACCGUUUAUGGAGACCAGUGCGAAGACGGGAGUCAAUGUGGAUCUGGCUUUUCACGCUAUUGCAAAGGAGCUGAAGCACAGAGCAACGCAGCAGCCCAAUGAGCCCAAGUUCCAGAUUCAUGACUACAUUGAGUCUCAGAAGCACAAGACCGGCUGCUGUGGCCUCAUGUAGCUGAUGCUGAACACCGGGCAGAGAGAGACACGCAUAGAAAAAGAAAGAUAGGGGUGGGGGGAAUGAGGUAAAAUCGUCUGCUGUCUCUUUUAUGAAAGCCAAUCCCAGCACCAAACCCUGAGAAGCAGACGCCCUCGUCUUCUCCACUGAGCUUUUUUGGCUGAAUGAAAUCUGGACUGACUGCCAUCCCUUAAUCUGAAAUGUGAAUUUAAAUCUUUUAUGUCAUGCGUAGAAAUGUUUGUGGUCUUUGUGGUGACAGUUGUAUCAAACUACAAGUCAGGAGCUACAAUCUGAAAUGCUAUACCCAUCUGCAGGGACUAAAAAAAAAAUUUGAAAAUGUUUUAAAAAAAGACACAUUUAUUGUUCUACUCUUGAUGAACUGCAGGUUUCUAUGAGCCAUCAGUAUGACCGUCGACAUGGAUAUAGCAUUUUGCCAUGCAGCUCUUAGUUUGUUUCAUCCUAGUUUUACCAGGCUGUGAAAUGAACCCCUUUUGGCCUUACAGUCUUUAAUCCUUGAGAAUUUAGUGUGUUUGAGAAGUGGACUUGAGUCUCACAGUCAGAUUGUAGCUAAAAUGAUCCCGUCUGUUCACGUGUACUGCUGUUAGAUAGAAUAAAGCCAACGUUUUGAGGGCGCUCACCCACUGUGUGUCUGUCUGUACAUUCAAUUCAGGGCAAGUGAAACUUCAUCCAAAGUACUGUACAUGUAACUGUGCUGGAGGAUCAUCCUGCUGUUGCAACAGGCUACAUUCAAAGAGAUUAUUUUUUACUGCCUUCAUGUCUCUGCUUAUAGAUUCCUCGGCAUGCCCUUUUUACCGUUACCUUACAAUUCACACUGCAACAGCACAGCACUCCCAGACAUUCCUUUAAUGAUGGAUGUUGUUGUCUAGACUGUACCUGAGCUGUAUUUGUUCACGCACCGCAUUGUGCAACUUGUUCUUUGUACAAUGUUCAUUAUGAAUGUUUGCUUGUCAAACUUGCUCAAUGUCAUGUUUGUCCUUCUUCACAGUGAUCACAAAGUGCCACGAAAAAGUGCUUUGUUAUCAUACUAUAUAUAUAAAAAAAGGUAUAUUUUGUAAUGUA